CGUAACCGUGUCCACGAGGGGGGCUGAACUCUUUCUUCAGCUGAAGCCCAGGCUUUCACUGGGGUAGAUUCUGACGGAGACUUCCACGACGAUCAGGUGUCCAGACAAUCCGCGCGUCUCCUGGAGCGUUCGAUCAAACUGCUACCCGAGAUUAUGCCUCGUGGAUUACUGAAAUAUGCCCGAUAUCUCGCUCCCUAUGGUUGAAUAAUUGUCUUUUUGAACCCGAAGUUUCCUGAGUCUUGUUUCUUUCGUGCCGUCGUUAAUGAUUCUUACUGAGCUCUCCAGCCUCAUUCACAUACUCUCACUCCAAACAUUCCUUACCAAAGGCAACAAUGGCACAGCAACCCAUGGGAAUGGCCCCUGAGAAACCAAUGAACGGGGUCGCUGGAGCGUACCCAGCCGGUGCUUCGGGCAAAUGGUCGUUUGGCCUCUUCGACUGCUUCUCUCCAUUUGGCACCUGCUGUCUGGCAUGCUGGUGUCCUUGCAUCCUCUACGGCAAGACGCAGGACCGGUAUAAGGGCGACCAUGAUUCCAGUGGCAUCAACGGACAGUGCUGUGCCUUCUACUGCCUGAUGUGCAUUGGAGGACAAUGUAUCCUCCAGUGCAUCAAUCGAGGCUCCACACGUGACAGAUAUGGCAUCGAAGGCGGCAGCUUUGGCGAUUUCUGCACGUCGUGCUGGUGUGGAUGUUGUACCUUGAUUCAAGAAGACAAGGAAGCUAUUGUAAGGACGACCGGCAUGGAUCCAAAGACCAAGCAGCCCUAUGCAAGUCCAGGUCAAAUGACGUAUCCAUGAUUGGGAUUCUUGGUGUUUGUUGUAGGUGCCGGUACGAAGGCAGACCAGGAGGAGAUUUCUGUCUUUCAGGAGUUAUCAAGUGGCGGACAUUGGCAUUCACGUUGACUUUCUCACUGGUUGCAACUGCGUGUGGCCGGCUGGAACUUGGUUUCACUUCACCAUCAAUUGUUCUCUGCAACUUUGUUUCACGUUGUGUUUCUCUCAUUCCAGUCUCACUUUGCCCUAUAGCACACGAACAAAACCUAUCACCCCGUCGUCAGACCGCGCCGUUCAAAUCCUCCUCUCUGGCCU